AUUUCCAAGUGGUAGACCUGCCUCUGAGCUCUGCCCAAUGAGAUCCGUCAGGGGAGGCACCCAGCUCACUUUUCCACAUCACUUCACAGUUACAUUUGGCAGGCAGGCGGGCUCGCAUGCCGGAGCGCUCGGCCCAGAAUUAGUGGAUGGAUUUGGAAUCUCGCUGCCUCCUCGAAGCUCCGCCGCCGCCUCUUUGGGCAUAGACCGGAGCGUCAACACACCAGCUGUACUUUUGGGCUGCGAGCACCCCAGCCCAGAGCGCCGGCUUCGCAUCUCCGCACCAGGCUCCUCAGCUCCGAAAGGCAUGAACGCGAUCCGGAGAAGAGUACCCGGCGCUCGGGGAUCCGUGGACAGUCGGCGCCCUCGGGAACUGACCCCCAGUUCCUCCAGCCAUUUAUGAACCCAACCCAGAAGCUUGAGGUUUUUCUUCAUCCCGGAGCCGGACCUGAACAGUUUCAAUGAAAGGAAAAGCCAAUGGAUCGUGGUCUUUGAAAAGCUGCUUAGACAUGUCUGUUUCCCGGUUCUCUGAACUCGUGGCAGAGCUGUAAGUAACUGCUCCGCACUGCGUGAUGAAUUGGAUGGCUUCAGACCCGAGGCAAAAAAAAUAAUUGUCUCAUUUUUGUGCUGAUUUGCUUAACUGGUGAGACCAUGCCAGAAAGGCUAGCCGAGACGCUCGUGGACCUCUGGACUCCAUUAAUAAUAUUAUGGAUUACCCUCCCCUCUUGUGUGUACAUGGCUCCAAUGAAUCAGGCUCACGUUUUAACUACUGGAUCCCCUUUGGAACUAAGCAGGCAGAGUGAAGAGCUGCGGAUUUUGAACCGCUCCAAAAGAGGCUGGGUUUGGAAUCAAAUGUUUGUCCUGGAAGAAUUUUCUGGACCUGAACCGAUUCUCGUUGGCCGGUUACAUACAGACCUGGAUCCCGGAAGCAAAAAAAUCAAGUAUAUCCUGUCAGGUGAUGGAGCUGGGACAAUCUUUCAAAUCAAUGAUAUAACUGGAGAUAUCCAUGCUAUAAAAAGACUUGACCGAGAGGAAAAAGCGGAGUAUACGCUAACAGCUCAGGCAGUGGACUGGGAGACAAACAAACCUCUUGAGCCUCCUUCUGAAUUUAUUAUUAAAGUACAAGACAUCAACGACAAUGCUCCUGAGUUUCUCAAUGGACCUUAUCAUGCUACUGUUCCAGAGAUGUCCAUUUUGGGUACCUCUGUCACUAACGUAACAGCCACCGAUGCUGACGACCCUGUUUACGGAAACAGUGCUAAGUUGGUUUACAGUAUCUUGGAAGGACAGCCGUAUUUUUCCAUUGAGCCUGAAACAGCUAUUAUAAAAACUGCCCUCCCUAACAUGGACCGGGAAGCCAAGGAGGAGUACCUGGUCGUCAUCCAAGCCAAAGAUAUGGGUGGACAUUCUGGUGGUCUGUCUGGAACCACAACCCUCACAGUGACCCUUACUGAUGUUAAUGACAAUCCUCCAAAAUUUGCACAAAGUUUGUAUCACUUCUCAGUACCAGAAGAUGUGGUUCUUGGCACUGCAAUAGGAAGGGUUAAAGCUAAUGAUCAGGAUAUUGGUGAAAAUGCACAAUCAUCUUAUGACAUCAUUGAUGGAGAUGGAACAGCACUAUUUGAAAUCACUUCUGAUUCGCAGGCUCAGGAUGGUGUUAUUAGAUUAAGAAAGCCCCUGGACUUUGAGACCAAAAAAUCCUAUACUCUGAAGGUGGAGGCAGCCAAUAUCCACAUCGACCCACGUUUCAGUGGCAGGGGGCCCUUUAAGGACACAGCAACCGUCAAAAUCGUUGUAGAGGAUGCUGAUGAGCCCCCAGUCUUCUCUUCUCCAACUUACCUCCUCGAAGUCCAUGAAAAUGCUGCUUUGAACUCGGUGAUCGGUCAAGUGACAGCCCGUGACCCCGACAUCACUGCCAGUCCGAUAAGGUUUUCCAUCGACCGUCACACUGACCUGGAGAGACAGUUCAACAUCAAUGCAGACGAUGGCAAGAUAACACUAGCAACUCCACUGGACAGGGAAUUAAGCGUCUGGCACAACAUCACCAUCAUUGCUACUGAGAUCAGGAACCACAGUCAGAUAUCUCGAGUGCCUGUUGCUAUUAAAGUGCUGGAUGUCAAUGACAACGCCCCUGAAUUCGCAUCCGAAUAUGAGGCAUUUUUAUGUGAAAAUGGAAAACCCGGCCAAGUCAUUCAAACAGUAAGUGCCAUGGACAAAGAUGAUCCCAAAAAUGGACAUUAUUUCUUGUACAGUCUUCUUCCAGAAAUGGUCAACAACCCAAAUUUCACCAUCAAGAAAAAUGAAGAUAAUUCCCUGAGCAUUCUUGCAAAACAUAACGGAUUCAACCGGCAGAAGCAAGAAGUCUACCUUCUACCGAUAGUGAUCAGUGACAGUGGGAACCCCCCUCUGAGCAGUACCAGUACCCUGACCAUCCGAGUCUGCGGUUGUAGCAAUGAUGGCGUGGUCCAGUCGUGCAAUGUUGAAGCUUAUGUCCUUCCUAUUGGACUCAGUAUGGGCGCCUUAAUUGCCAUUUUAGCAUGCAUCAUUUUGCUGCUAGUCAUUGUGGUUCUGUUCGUUACCCUGAGGCGGCACAAAAAUGAGCCUUUAAUUAUCAAAGAUGACGAAGACGUUCGAGAAAACAUCAUUCGCUACGAUGACGAAGGAGGCGGGGAGGAGGACACAGAGGCUUUUGACAUCGCAACUUUGCAAAACCCAGAUGGAAUUAAUGGAUUUUUACCCCGUAAGGAUAUUAAACCAGAUUUGCAGUUUAUGCCAAGGCAAGGGCUUGCUCCAGUUCCAAAUGGUGUUGAUGUCGAUGAAUUUAUAAAUGUAAGGCUGCAUGAGGCAGAUAAUGACCCCACGGCCCCACCAUAUGACUCCAUUCAGAUUUACGGCUAUGAAGGCCGAGGGUCUGUGGCUGGCUCCCUCAGCUCCUUGGAGUCCACCACAUCAGACUCAGACCAGAAUUUUGACUACCUCAGUGACUGGGGUCCCCGCUUUAAGAGACUGGGCGAACUCUACUCUGUUGGUGAAAGUGACAAAGAAACUUGACAGUGGAUUAUAUAAAUGAUCAAUGGAACUGAGCAUUCUGUAAUAUUCUAGGGUCACUCCCCUUAGAUACAACAAAUGUGGCUAUUUGUUUUAGAGGCAAGUUUAGCACCAAUCAUCUAUAAACUCAACCACAUUUUAAUGUUGAACCAAAAAAAUAAAAAUAAAAAGUAUUUGUUAGGAGGUGAUAAAUCUUGUGGAGUGUGAAUUAAGUAUGUGGAGUGUCUAGAAGUCUUUGGAUAUUUGAUAUUUACCUGACGGCCACAGUCAGAUUGGGAUCCUAGCUAAUCCUUAGAGAAUUGUUUAAGAGGAAAAAACAAAAACAAAAUUAAAAGGUGCUUUAUUAGAAAAAAAAAAAAUGGACCUGCAAGGAUUCUGCUGCUGAUAUGUGUCUUCUGCAAGGAUUUUUAUGAGAGCAAAUGGUUUUUUUCCCCUUCACCAAUAAGGAUCCCGUCACAAAUGAUAAAGCAAUACUUUGGUCUGCUGUACGUUAUGACUUUUUGGAGUUUGGGGAGGCCUCCUAGAUUAUAUGGUACGGUGACCACACAUUGUACAUAAUUGUUGGCCCCACUUACCAGAGACUGAAUAGCAUCCUUAAAUAUUGUGUCGAGCCUUAAAAUAUUCACAUGUUCGUAAUCCAUUCCAGGGUGGGGAGUGCCAACUCAAAGGUGGGAGGAGAGAGAUGCCAUUCAAACAGGCUGUGUCUAGAAGCAGGAUUCCUGGUUCCCUCCACUUCAUCUUCUUCCACAAGGACACAGAGAUAAACUGUAUUCCGCAGUGGACCACAUCAGAGACAGAUGGUUUUAUUGAUAGCGUGUGAAUUUAUUUGUUUAAUCCUCAAAAUAAAUAUUUUAUUGAUGUCCAAUAAUGCUUUUAUUUAUUAAGGUUGGUAACCUAUAGAUUAAGGGAUUAUAUGGGGGGAAACUAAAUUAUAUCCAUUAAUAAUCCUUUAGAUUGUUUUAUAUUAAUAUCUAUAUAAUGAAUGUUUAAUACAUGUACAUUUUGAUGAGAUAAGUAUGGCAGGCAAUAUUAUCAAGGGGAGAGGGAAUAGUCUCUUUAGAAUAGAAAGUGUUAUUGUGACUGGUGAUUACAGGAACAGCAUUUCCCAGAGAAACUUUUGGACUGUUUUCUAUUUUCUUCAUAAUCCUAGUAUUUGGUGUUUCUAAAACAAGCACAAACAUCUGAAAGUAUAUUAAUUCCUGUGAAUAUUUAAAAUCUAGAGUUUUAGAUACCUACAUAACGCCCCACUCGAUAAACAUGCUUCAAGUUGCCCUCUCCCAACUAAUUUAGAGCAGAAACUGAUUUGUAUAUAAUUUCACUGCUUCUGUUUUUGACACUUCUGUCCCUGGUCAUGGUGAUGCGCUGAACGUCUUAGAGUACGAAAAGAACAGGUCUAGAAGAUGUGAGCAUAUUUAAUUUGUAAUGCAAAGCUGCCAUGUAGGAUUAGAAAAUGUGUGAUAAAACUCAAGUAUUACAUGCAGAUCAUUUUACUUUUCUACUUUGCUUUAAUGCAAUAUUGUUUAUUUACUCCAUGUGUUGUAUUCAGAGAAUCUCCUGUAUUGUUUCCUACUUUGUGAAAUAUAUUUUUAUAAAUACCUUUGUUGUCAUCAUUUUUUUCAGCUACAUGAAGUUUUCUUAGCAAAACUAUUGAUACUAACUGAAAUUCUAGACUGUGCAAUCAAAUCACACUGUGGGCCACUUUUAGUUUUAAGGGUCUUUAUUAUAAUAAAGAACCAUAGACGAGAAAUGGAUUGAUAUUGAUCCCAUAGCAAGAAAACAUCAGAUAAUAAAAAUAAGUGCCAUACCUAAAAGACAGUCAAGUGUUGUCUUUGGGGCUCCUGAAUGCAGAGGCUGGAGCAGAAAUAAGAAAGAAAGAAAGAAAGAAAGAAAGAAAGAAAGAAAGAAAGAAAGAAAGAAAGAAAGAAAGAAAGAAAGAAAGAAAGAAAGAAAGAAAGAAAGAAAGAAAGAAAGAAAAUAAAAGAAAGGCAAUUCUGGGUAGGAAAAUCCUACUGGAGAAAGCACAGUCCAAAAUGGGCAAAUAAAGGUAUUAAAGAACAGAAUGUGGAGAAAGAACCUAGACUGCACUGCAUGUGAAAACUGUUCUUUUCUAGAUCCUUAGAGGAUACAUUAGGACAAUAUCUAAUUGUAACCUGCUACUUCAGCCCCUGCCUUGGAGCUCCGUAAGGAAAACUUGGAUUUGGCUGGGAGAAGGAAGGCAACGGUUUCUGGGAGCUGCCUCCUCCAUGGCAUAACCAAAGUUACUAAAUAUUCAAAUAGAAAUUUAAUACAUCUCCAGUAGCACCACAUCCUCAUUGUUCUCUGCUGUAUGAUCACAGUCCUCCUUUUUAUGCUUAUUUCAGUGGCCACUGAGCACUUCUCAUCAAGUCAAAGGGAGAGUCUACAGCAGUGUAGCAAACAUCAUUGAAAACUGUGAAUAUUGUUAUAAUAACAGCAAAAAUCCAAAUCCUCCUUGCACACAGUAAACUAAUGGGGACUUUCUGUUUAUUUUCCACUUUCUCUUUAAUCUUGUCUCUUUACUUUGUAGGAAAGUGUGGUACAGAGACAUAUGUAACAGAUAUAUCACGCUAUUCUUUCAUAGGAAUAUAAAGUCAACAUUGUCAGUGUUGACAGUUAAUAGAAUAAUAUUCAUAUGCUAGUGCUUAUGGGCAGAAGGCAUUUAGAUAUUUAGAAACAGUUUUCCAAAUCUACCCUUAAUUUUUACCUUGUCUAGGAAGACAUCAUGGAAACAUGCGCUCCAUAAUAACAUUUCUUUCCACUACCAUCUAAGCAUUUAGUAUAUCAAAGUCAAUCUAAAGUUUUGAUAUGAUGGAUAAAGUGGUGCUAUGUAAGGAUAUGUAUGGAUAUUAAAUUUCUGUGUGAAAUAUGCUUUUAGGGUCCAUGAAUUUAAAUUAUAUUCAAGAACAUAAUACACAUACCGUCAGACUAUCACGUUUACUUCAGCAAUAAACUUACUAGACCUCCCCCAUUCAAAAUAGACAAUGCCAAUCCAAUGUGUUUUACUGAGAUUUAAGGACUCUCCUCUCAAAUUUUCAAGUAAUGCAUUUUAACUUUAUUAUAAUUUUAUAUUUUUGCAUUUAUUUGGUUCUAGCAACACUACUGACACAUCAAAUGAAUCUUUACACAUAGACAUGUGGUUACUUAUCAAAUUUAAUUUUGCCUCAUUCUAUAGACAUUAUUGUGUCCAUGGUCUUUACAUUCCCAAGAACCAGCCCCUUUUAAUGUUUGCCCGAGAAUCAUGUGCCAAGUGAUAGGUGAGACCAACUUAGCCUCCCUCUGCAUACUUUUCCUGUAAGAAUUUUGACUGAAGGAUUGAGAUAACCCCAAGUGGCUGGAUGCCACAUCGGGUCAACCAGCUUCUACUUUCUGUACUAUUUGAUCAAACAAUAUCAAACUAAUCCCCACACGGACAUAUUAUCAAAUAUUAGCAAGCUUUUCUUGAUGAAAUCCGCACUACUAGUGCAGCCAACACAUUUAAACUGGUUUAUGAGAAGAUGGUUGAAGUAUACUAUAAAUUAUAUUCAUCUGUUACCUUCCUCCACACCAAACUGUGCUGUCUACGACACAAACUUUACAGUAAAAAUGUUUCAUAUGAAAAAAAUAAAAAAAAAUUGCUAAGUGUGUAUGUGUGUAUAUAACAUAAAAGUAAACUUGAAUUCAUCAGUAUCCCCAGUGAGGUGAGAAUCCUCAGAAAGAGACAAAGUGUCUUUUGAGAGUUUGCUUAAUCAUAUGCUUAAAGUAAGACAAGUCUCUGCAUGAGACUUAGAAAUCUCCUAGGAGCAGCUGACUCCACACUGAGACUCCACAGAGGGCUGAGCUAUCUGUAUUUUGGAGAAGGAAAACGGGUGCUGAGAGCUAAGUAGCCAAUUACUUUUUAUAGCCACAUAAGGACUGGAGGCAAGUAGUCCUUUGCAACAUGUUGUAUUAUGCGAUCGUUGGCUUUGCAGGGAAUCUCACGAAUGUAUAACCUUCUGAUUGCCUUUUUGAUUGAAAGUUCCAUCUGAGAUCAAGGCAGUGCAACCAGUAAUAAGAUUUCAAAAAAUCCCAUCACUAGCACUGUUGGAAAGGUUGAGCGUGCCUGAAAUCCCGUCACUGUCAGUCAAAGAGAUAAGGUAACAGUGGGCAGCACUAUAAAAGCUGCAUGAAUGCACAAUUUAAACAUGAACAUCAACACAGAAAAAAAUGCACACACAUUCAUAUGGAUGUCCAUAUAUACAGGUAUGUACACAUAGAUAUACAGGAACACAAACACACACACACAUGCAUACACACAGACUUAAAUUACUUGGGAUAAUUUCUACUAACAUGUUCUCAUUUCAAUAAUAAUAAGGUUUCAUUUCACAGUCUUACACACUACAAAAACUUGAAAUGAUGGUUCUUUGUUUUUGUUUUUGACUCUAACCUUGAAGUUGAAAGCAAUCUCUCUAGGGGUAAAGGGUUUUAAAUAUGAGUUUUCAUUUAUGAACAUAGUAACGUUUCAUAAAGCCUGGGAUUAGAAUUAAAUGCAUCUUACCAAGAGGCUGAAUUUGGAUGCUUUUGUAUCAUUGUAUUUUUGUGAAGAUAAUAAUUGUAGAAUAUAUUUUGUAGGAAAUAAUUUUCUCUAUGUUUAAGUUUCUUUGAUUCCAACACAGUUUUCUUCUCUAAACAAAGUCCUUUGCAUUGUUGCUCAGAUGGCCAAAAAGUGAAUAAACUGUUUACUAUCAUUGC